AUGGAAAUGACCCAAGAAGUGAGUCAGGAAUUGAACUGCAACACCACUAGCAGUCAAGAGAUAUUUCUCACUCAAGCACUUAUUUAUAUCCCCAUUUUCUGCUUUGGAGUCAUCCUGAAUGCCUUGGCCUUGAAGAUAUUCUGUUGCACUCUGAGCAAGUGGACUGAAACGAGAGUAUACAUGACCAACUUAGCCAUUGCAGAUUUUUUGUUGCUUUUUACUUUGCCUUUCAAGAUGGCUUAUAAGACAAUCAAUGUGACUACACUGUGUUUGGCCUUUGAGUCUGCAUACUUCAUUAACAGGUAUAUGAGCAUCUUCCUUAUCACCAUCACAGCAGUUGAUCGAUACAUUGCCAUAAAAUAUCCCCUCAAAGCAAGGCAUAUACGGUCCCCUCUGAAGUCAGCUGUUAUCUCUGGGUUUCUCUGGGCCUUGAUUAUCAGCAUUGUAUAUGUAACUAAAAAAUUUGAGAAACGAGCUUCAUCAGGCACUUGCUUUAGAAGGAUUUCCAGAGAACCAUCAAUGUAUGUCUUUGCAUCUGUCAUUUGGGGAUUUUUUAUACCAUUAACUAUUUUUAGUUUCUGUUCCAUUCAAAUCACAAAGAAACUCAUGAAGAAGAAGAAAACAAACCCAUAUGAAGAAAAGCGCAUCCAGAAAGCAAUCAAUAUCAUUUUUGCAAAUAUGAGCGUAUUUGUCAUAUGCUUCUUACCUAUUCAUUUUGCAUACUUAAUUCGGUCCAUAGCUGACUUCGCUGAGGCCAGCUGCACUCUGAUAGAAAAAAUUGACAACUUUACAAACCUUGCAGGAAUUAUUGCCAACACCAACUGCUGUUUGGAUGCCAUUUGCUAUUACUUUGUGAACAAGGAAUUCCAGGAAGCUUCCAUGAAACUAAAAACCAAAUAUCUAACACAACAGAAACAAGGCACUGAAGAUCAAGACCUAAAGACUGCGUGCCCAGAUAUACGUAAUGGUGACAAGUGCACUACCACUCAAAAUGCUGUUUUUUCUGUCCCCCAAAGUGCUCCAACAAAUAAGGUGACAUUAUUACUGCUUCAAUGCAGCUCUUCUCAAUUACUUCUCAAUACAGUGGUACCUCGCUCCCACCCAGGUGGGUCAGAGCAAGGAAGUUGCGCCGCAGACUUGUGCCGCUGCCCUUGGCUACACGGUGCGUGCGGGGCUGCUGGCUGCCGCCGCCAUGCCAAUGAAGAGCCGGUUCCCCAUCCGCAGGACGCUGCAGUACCUGAGCUAG